AUGACAUCAUUUAAUGCAAUAGAAAAAUUGCAAAAAUUGGAUGUUUCGCAUAACAAAAUUUCCACCGUCAUUCCUGGUGUUAGCCAACAUCUGCAACACCUCUCUAUUUCUAAUAAUAGUUUGGCUGCUUUACCAAACCUUUGUCUUCGUCGAAACUCCUAUCCAGAUUUAUCAGAAUUGCAACUAGACAGCAACAAGAUCGGUAAUUUCGUUCCGGAAUAUUUAAACUGCUUGGAAAAGCUAAAAGUCUUGGAUGUGAGUUUAAACUACAUUGACUUAUUAAAAACAGAUUAUUUUCAUUCUUUCAAGUCUCUUAGCUCGUUGUGUAUCUCAGGAGAGAGUAGAACAUUUUAUAUACAGGAACGUGCGUUCAACAACAGCAACCUGCUAAGUCUAGACCUAUCAAGGAACAAAUUGACCACUAAAAGUCUGCAUGGAUGUGCAUUUUGUGGAAUGGAUCGGUUAGAAAAACUAAAUCUGGCUAAAAAUAAUUUCUUUAAAAUGGAGGAAAAACUAAAUACAACGCUAACCCCUCUGGUAUCUCUUGAAGAAUUGUUGCUGUUGGAUUGUAAGUUACAGACAAUACCUACUGUCACCAGAUAUUAUCAUAAUCUCACUUAUUUAGAUGUUAGCUGGAAUCUGAUUAAAUCCUGGCCAAAUAAUUUGUUUGAAAGGAACACUAAAUUGAAUAACCUAAAUGUAGGUCAAAAUUUAAUUCAGACUGUUACAAGUAAAAUGUUGCCUGAAGUGUUGAGGGAAAGAUUGAAAACAAUAUCCUUAACAGCAAAUCCGUUCGUAUGUAAGUGUGAAUUGGUUUGGUUGAUUCAGUGGAUUCAUAGGGAACCAUACAAGUUUUGGGAUUAUCCGGAAGGCUAUAGAUGUCUGAAUAUAACGGAGAGAAUUUGUCUGAAUAACACUGGAGCGUUUAUCUCUGUGACAACAGUAACAUGUUUUUUUAUCUGUGUCAUUUUGAUCGCUUCUGUUAUCAACAAAUAUAUCUGGCAUAUUAAAUAUCAUAUUUAUAUGUGGAGAUACAGACCUAAACAGCUGUUGGAUAUUGCAGAGAAACACUUUGUCCAUGACGCCUUUGUUGCUUACUGUGUAGAGGAUGGAGACUGGGUUUUACAUGAUCUUCUACCUGUCGUGGAGGAAGGUGAAAACAUUAGGUUGUGUAUCCACGAAAGAGAUUUUCUUGGUGGAAAACUGAUCAUUGAUAAUAUCGUGCAGCACAUGGAAAGCAGUCGUAAAGUUCUUGUUGUUUUGUCCAAUGAUUUUGCUAGAAGUAAAUGGUGUCAAUUUGAAAUGAGUUUAGCUCAGAAAUUGGUUAUAGAUAGGAGUAUAGAGUCUAUAGUAGUAGUAUUACUAGAGGAUAUAGAAACAGUUAAUAUGAGUAAAUCACUGAACGCUCUAUUGAAAACUACUACUUAUAUCAAAUGGCAAGAUAAUGAGAACAAAGAGAUAGUUUGGCAAAUGGUAAAAACAUCACUUAAACGUCAAUAUGAAUUAUAAUAAAAUUAAAGUACAUGGAUCUGUUUACCGCAGUGGUUUCAUGGUCCGUAGUUCAAUAGCUACAACAACCCCGCCCACUCAAUCUGAGACUGUAUCCAUUCCUCAUGUUCGAAUACACAAAUGGAAUAUCACUUGUUAACUGAUUUUAUACACUACGAAUGUCUUGGUUUGAUAUUAUUACUAGAAGUUUAAGUUCAACCAAUUUGAAUCCUCCUGUAGACAAUAUCAAUCUUUUGAUGGGCCUCUUGUUAAUCUGUUGAAAUCCAACCAGGUAGAUAAUCUAUUGUUGAUAUUGUCAUAGUAUUUUCUGAAUUAAACAGGCAUUAUGCAAAAGCUAAAUCUGUAUAUUGUAGUCCUUUCUUUAGACCUGUAUCAUUGUAUCAUUGUAAAAGCGCCAUAGAGCAGUUGUUUCCAGCUGGAUUUUGUCGCUAUAUAUGUUUAAUGAAUUUUUAUUUAUUAUUUUAUUCAUGUACACUGACUGAUUUAUGUAAAUAAUGUAUAUAUUUCUAAUUCAUUUAUAUUUUAUUGUAUUAUCAAAAUUUGAAGUAUGUUUCGCUGAUUUGGUGUGACGCCAGGCAGGGUAAGCUUACUCUUCCGGACACCUGUUACCACUGUUUGUCGUGUAUUUUGUACACGGUGAACAGUCCAUAUGCUAAUUACACUAUUUUGCCUUAUUUCACUAUUUUGCCUAUACCGUUUUUUUAGGACUAAUGGUUUGGAUUAUUCGUACAUGGUUUUAUUUUAUGUAUAAAAUGUAUAUGUUUGACUUUUGUUAAAAUUAUUACUAUUAGUUCGUUAUCUGAAAUGUUUCUAUACUAUUACCAUUCUGUUAUGUUUAUUAUUAUUGAACAUAUACAUGUACUUGGUAAUUUAGUGUGUGAAGUGUGAAGGUACUCUGGCUGAUACCCAAGUGUAAACGAUUGAGUUUUGAUAUUACGAAACCGCCAAAUUAAGAUACAAUUCUCAAUAAAACUCUUGAACCCACAUAUUUAAAUAUCUGUCUCGUCUUCCAUAAUAUAUAAUAUAAAUAUUGUUAUUUGAUGUUAAU